AUGCGGACCACACUCAUUUUCACAACAUUCUUUUCCGCCUUCGUGGCUGCCACUCCUUUACACUUGUUACAAGCGAGAGUCACCGUUGCCAUUGCUGGUUACGAUUAUGCGGGAUGUUACUCUGAGGCCACAAGUACGCGAGCCUUCAGCGACCUUUCUUAUUACGAUGAUGGGAUGACGAUCGAGAAGUGCGCCGCUGCUUGUUCUGGCUAUGCGUGGUUCGGUGCUGAGUACGGGCGCGAAUGCUACUGUGGUAGUACUCCCAAUGCUGGAAGCGCCCAAGUGGAAGAAGCCUAUUGCAGAUUCCCUUGUCCUGGGAAUGCCGCCGAAACUUGUGGAUCUGGUGGUCAUCUCACAACCUACGCCAAAAGUGGUACCCUUUCAUCUGCACCAAGUGCUCCCUCGACAUAUGGUUCACUUGGUUGCUAUACAGAAGCCACAACCGGCCGCGCUCUUUCUAGCGCUGCUUUUGCGGACGACGAUAUGACCAUCGAGAUGUGUGCUGCGGAGUGUGCUGGUUUUACAAUGUUUGGAUUGGAAUAUCGGCGGGAAUGUUAUUGCGGGAAUGCACUGAACGCCGGAAGUGUUGCUACAUCGCAGCUUGACUGCAAGUACUCGUGCAUGGGCAACCAAUCCGAGAGUUGUGGAGGAGACUCGCGCCUCAACCUGUACGAAUUCGGAGCUACUUCUGUUCCAGAGACAAUCGACAUUAUAUAUGCUUACCAGGGAUGCUACACAGAGGCUACGAGAAUACGGGCUUUGACUGGAAAGGCAUACUUCAACGAUUCAAUGACAGUUGAAGCAUGUGCCACUGCCUGCACAGGAUUCACCUGGUUCGGUGUUGAAUAUGGAAGAGAGUGCUAUUGCGGAAAUACAAUCAACAGCGGUAGUAUCCUUGUCGAUGGUUCAAAGUGUAGCUUCUCUUGCCCUGGAAAUAGCGCCGAGAAAUGUGGAGCAGGCAAUCACCUUGAUGUG